GGUGCCCUGUCUGUAUCAUCUUCUUUUGAUGUGUCAAAACUGAUAAUUAAUGGCACAACUACAGAGUUUCUGGACUUCAUAAGCGAAUUUCCGGGUGACGGUGAUGACAAUAUGACGGUAACGACUGUCACACAAACCACACAGGGUGAUGAAACUGGGGAUGAUAUCCUAAGCGGGCAUGCAAACAUAACAACUAUGAACACUUUGCUUAACACAACCGAGGAAGGGUUUUACUGGGUGCUUGGAGACAUAGUCUCCAUAGAAAAUUUUCGAGAAUGGUGUUACCUCAGCUGCCCAACGUGCAACAAGAAACUGAAACCUGAGGAAGAAAGAUUUCGAUGUUCUAAUUGUAAUGAGACACUGGCUGAGGGUGUUUAUCG